CCAGGCCCUGCCCCCGCCGUACCGCGGUGCUGCCCGAGCCGGCAGCGAACGCCUCCAACGCGGGACGACGCCAGGGCUGCCGCCUCACCCGGACCUUCUCGGGCCACCGGAGGAGCGUGAAUGGCCCCGUACCUCGCUCACCGCCCGGCUCCUCCCGCCGCGGCCGCUGCCGGGCGCUGACUGACAGCGCGGCUGGCCACUCCCGGCGGGGCGGGGCGGAGAGGGGCGCCGUGAGGUCCAGCUGCUUCAGCCCGGUGCGCGAUUGGAGUUGGUGCUGUCACCGUCCCGCCGCGCAGAUGCCAUGUUGCCUCCGAAGAAGGGACGAAUACCUUCCAGAAUAGCCAUGAACUGUUUAUGGAGAGUCCUGGCAAUUUUCUUACCAUUUCUUCCAAGCACAUUGUCUCUCCAGCCAGCCCAGGCCAGAGUGUUGCUGGUAUCUUUUGAUGGAUUUCGGUGGGAUUACAUCUAUAAAGCCUCAACUCCCAAUUUUCAUUAUGCCAUGGAGAAUGGUGUUCAUGUCAAACAGGUCACUAACAUAUUUAUAACGAAAACGUAUCCUAAUCAUUAUACAAUGGUGACUGGUCUCUAUGCAGAAAGCCACGGUGUAGUUGCUAAUGAGAUGUAUGAUCCUAUUCUGAAUGAAACUUUCUCUUUGAACAAAAUGGAAGUCUAUAACUCCAAGUUCUGGGAAGAAGCCACUCCAAUAUGGAUAACGAACCAGAGGGAAGGGCAUAAAACUGGUGCAGCCAUGUGGCCUGGGACAGAUGUGAAAAUACAUGGAGCCUUUCCUACAUAUUAUAUGCCCUAUGACUUUGCUGUUUCCUUUGAAGACAGAGUUGCUAGGCUUAUUGACUGGUUUACGUCAGAAGAACCCAUAAACUUCGGCCUCUUGUACUGGGAACAGCCUGAUCAGAUGGGCCAUAUUCUGGGUCCAGAAAAUCCACUUAUGGGACCCGUAAUUAGUGAUAUUGACAAAAAGCUGGGAUAUCUUGUGUCCGAGCUGAAGAAAGCAAAGCUAUGGGAUGUGGUAAAUGUCAUAAUCACAAGCGAUCAUGGAAUGUCACAGUCCUCCUCGGAAAGGCUCAUUGAGCUUGAUCAGUACGUGAAUAGAGAGCUCUAUGAAGUCAUUGAGCAGUCUCCUGUGGUAGCUAUUUUGCCAAAAGAAGGCAAACUGGAUGAAGUAUAUGAAGCUUUGGCCAAUGCUCAUCCCAACAUGACUGUGUAUAAAAAGGAGCAGAUUCCAGAUAGAUUACAUUACAAACACAACAGUAGAAUUCAGCCAAUCUUAGCAGUGGCUGAUGAAGGAUGGGAAAUUCUGCAUAAAAAGUCUGAUGGUUUUCAACCUGGUAAUCAUGGAUAUGACAACAUUUUACCAGAAAUGCAUCCAAUUUUUUUGGCAUUUGGGCCUGCUUUCAGAAAGAAUGCCACAAAAGAAGCCAUGAAUUCUACAGACCUGUAUCCCUUGUUGUGCCAUCUCCUUGGUAUUAACCCACUGCCAAACAAUGGUUCUUUCAAUGCUGUGAAAGACAUACUUGCUGAAGAAGUUCCCUUUGGAGCAGACACCUAUGCUACUGUUGUAGGAGUCUUUCUGGGCAGCUUUCUUGUUAUGGUAUUUAUUGCAGUUUUUGUUAAGCACUUCAUCCUCGUCCAAGCAAACACCAUGCAAAUGCAACAUACUGAAGCUGCCCAGCCACUGUUGCAAGAUUAAUAACACUUGGUACUGUUUCCUGUUUCAUGCUUAAUAUAAGCUUACACACAAAAGUCACAAAAAUGAAUAGAGGUGGGUCAGCAUAAAUAUGUGGAGUAAAAGGAAAUGGGUGCUGAUCCAUUGGUACAAUGGAGUACAUACAUAUCAGAUAUGCAGAGAAAGAGCAUGCUUCUGUUUCAACCUACAACCACUUAAUCUUUCAGGGGUUGAAAAUACUCUAGGGACACAUGGAAAACUGCAUGUAUGUAGACUGUGAAUACCUGAUUCUGACCUACUUUUAGGGAAAUAACGUCAGCUGAGGUGCACUUCACAGACUAUUACAUGGGGAUUUAAUUCCAACCCUCCUUUUUUUCCCUUCAGAAGGUUUUUGAGUUUCUUGGAUUCUAACAAGGAAUGGGACUAGACUUCUUUGGGUUCUUUUUUUCCCUGGCCAAGGAAGCUUUUGCAGGGAUCACCAUUACAGCUAGCUUUGCAGAUUAAAUCCUGCAGAAAAACAACAUUAUUAUUAAGCUACAUCAUGCACUGCUAAAUGUCUAAGUUUAGAGUUAGGCAUAUUUCUUUAAACUACUGUGUUAAUUGUAGCCCCAAAAUACGAAUCUAGGCGACACUGCCUUCAGCAAUCAGCAUUAAACUGCUUGGGUUUUUGUUUUGUUUUGAGGUUUCUUCAGGUAAAUAUAGGUCUUUAUGAUUUUAGGUAUGAUUUGAGGUAAAUGUAAGUCUUUUUCUAUUGUUUCUUGUACACUGGGCUAAAUUUUCUAGGAAUUCCAUGCAGUUGGCAGUUUAAAAACACAUACAAGCACAACACCUGUAUAUCCAAAUGGAAUCUUCUAUAUUUCUGUGAUAGGAUUCUUUCAGAAUAAGGAAGAUGAAUCAGGUAAGGAACAUACAUGUACAAGCUGUUUUCAAAGUGCUGUCAAGCUUGUCAUCGGGUGACAGCAUCUGAUCUGUUACUGGAGACUUUCCUCUAGUGCGACUUUGGCUUGCUGUCUUUUGUUUUGUCUGAUGUGACUGAGUGGACCUUAGCAUUUGAUGAGUAGGAUUAGACACAAUGUAAGGAAUAGCCAUAUUAUCUUAAAUGUGGAAAAGCACACUUUAAUAUGGAAAAAGGCAUAAAACUGGGGUUUGUUCUUUCAGAGCAAAGUCUCUGUCAGGGAAAAUUACUUAUUAUGAGUCAUCAAAACUAUAUAUUGCUCUCAUAAUUUUGCAUGGGGCAAUAGAUCUUCUUGCUAUUGUAGCUGUGGGGGUUUUGAUGAGCUUAUUUAAAUGGUAGGUGAGAAGCUGCUGACUAAGGUUUGCAUGAAAAACAUGGUGUGAAGUGAGAAAAGUUGUCUAGUUGUCUGACUUGUUUAAAAGCUGGUGGUUGUUUUUCCCCUCCCUGGGUGAGUUACUGUUUCUCUGCACUUUCCUUCUGAGUACAAUGCCUGAAGGAGAAAGAAACUCUUUCAAAAUUCACACAGAUUGUGAGUCUGGUAUUUCAAGUGUAAUUUAUUGCUUCAUCCACAGCACCCAGAAGAGCGCAAAGGUGGGGAAAUCUUGGCCUUGGAUGUGCUCUGUCAAACUAAAGGUGUGACUAACAGUGUAAGGCUGCAGGUGGGAGGGUUACUAGCAGGCCUAGCAAGGAGCAACAAGCUGACUAACUGAACUACAAAACUCAUUUUGCUGAACUUAAUUCCAGACUUAAUGAAUGACCCCUUGGUGAGUUCAGAUGUGAGUGUACUCCUCACUGCCUCAGUGAUGACUCUGCAGUGCCGUGUCACGAACUGUCUGGUACGCAGUGUUUCAGAAGUAACCUGUUGGAUCCCUCUGUAAUGGCAGGGGCACUUGCUUGGCAUUAAGUGGUCUUGCAAACAGAUGUGGAAGGUUUCCAGAGACCACAGCUCAGUGCAGUGAAUGCUUGAGAGGGAAGGCAGUGAAAUACUCCACUUUAAGGUGUAUGCUGAAAGUCUAGCUGUAAUAGUAGCUUUAGGAAGGCAGGAAACUAGCAGAUCUGUGGAGGACAGCCCCUUAAUUUGGGGAUAUGUAUGAAGUGAAAAUCCGACUCAUCUCUGCAGUCCUGCUGUUGCUGUUCUGUGUACUGCCUUGGUUACCUACAUUGCCAUUUUCUUAAGAAAACACUGAAGGAAAACAGCUGAGUUAGGUGUGCCUGGCACUGUAAAACCAAUUCUUAGUGGAGCUGACCAUUAGCUAUGUCUCAAGUUUAAUUUGCUGAUGCCAGCUAAAGCUGAAUGCUGCAAGGGCUUCUCAGGCUGACAGAUGGAGGCAAUACUGAUGUUCACAGCAGUUUCUAGAGCAUCUGGGGAAGUCUGAGUAGAAAACCUGAACCUCUAAUUUGUGACUAAUCACUUCCCUGGUUGCCUUCCAAAAAGUGGAUGGCAGAGAGCAGCUUGAUGCACUGAGUCCAACUUUUCUUGCUUAUUUGUAACUUAAAAGCAAAUUUUAGCACAAACUUCAUGUGUAUUUGAAGAAAGAUCUACAGGUUUUGUUAAAGGAAUAACUGAAAACGAGAUGGCAUAAACCUACCCUGUAGCUACUACAGCUACACACUUUCUCACUUUCGAACAUUCUGCUUUAAUAGAAAUUCUUAUUGCCGUAAUUCCAUAGCAGUGUUUAUGGCAGAGGUAAAAAUGACUGGAUUGUAGUCUCGGAGGUGAUCAUUAAACUCCUGCUUCGUUAAUUGUGGCCAGUGUAGUUCUAUCAUAGGCCACAGUGAGCCUGGAUUUUAAGGAGCGGGCAAAGCUGGUCAGUGUUGUCAUCCUGGGACUCGCCUGCACAAACAUACAACAGGGGAAGAGCAGUAUGUUUCCCCUAACAAAGGGUUUGGGAAUAAAAGUAUUCAAAAUAACUGGGAACACAAGCAGGAGAAUUCUUCUGGAUGCCACUGGUCUGUAUUGCACUGUAAGGCCCUUCUUUGAGGGGGGUAAAAUGCAACUUUGUAGAAAACUGAAGGGAGUCUUUCAGCACUCAGGUAUUUAGGUUUAGGUUUAAACGUUUCCUUUAUUGCUGAGGUGUAUUUGCAGGUACCUCUUGGCAAAUAUGCUAACUACUGUAGCCAGUGUUAAACACUGUUUUAAGGUGUUGGAUGUAUGCUUAAUGAAAUUGAAAGCACAUGUGAUGCCACUGGAGAAAAAUAUCAACUUCUCCUCUGAUGUGAGAUUUUUGCAACUACCUUUCCGCUGGGGAGGAUCAGGGAUUUGGUUUCUGUGUAUAUGGUACUUUUUUGAUGUACAAGCAAGUUUAUUGGAAAUGGGUUUGAGUACACUGUAUUCUACUUGUAACUUAAGCUUGGAAACAGAGAAGCUUGCAUGAUUUUGUCUUUCGUUACUGACCUGUGAAGCAUACUUUGAGAUAUCAAAUGUUUUCUUUGUUUCUUUCUGUUUGGAAAUGUUGAAGUUGAAAUAUAUCUUUGCUCUAGAGCUAUCAAGCAUUGAGUGCUUGCUUCAUUUAAAAGGACUUCUGGAAAAAACUUGAAUUGUGGGGGGAUGGCUGGGGGAGAAUGGCCUUAACUCAUAUGUAUCCCAAAUAUUUCUUGUGCUCUGCAGAGUGUAUCCUUAAGUAAAAAUAACUGGAAGUGUGAUGGAACUUCAGGACUUUAGGUCAAAGUUCUUCAGUAAAAGACCUCGUUUCCCACCUCGCUACUCUAUAUGGAGAUAACAGCUGUCUGUUACCAGCAAUGGUAAUAGUUUCUUUUAUCAAAACAAACCUUGCAGGUUUCCUCGGUAAAGAGCUGCAGUAAUGCUGUUUGUAAGAAAUGCAGACUCAAACAAAGGAAAAGGGCACAAUAAAUGCCAACGAAGGGUUGCGCAGUGACUUUUCAGAGGUGUGGAACACCACAAUCCUGAGCUGUGUGUUGGGAGAACAACAAACGAGCAGUUGUUGAGUCCUGCUGUUUUGUAAAAUGCAGACGCAACAGGCUUACUGCCACAUCUUCCCUGCUUAAAUAAUGGUCACAGCUGCGGGCUUGACCGUACCCGUGUUGCUCUACACGUCUUUCAAGAAAGGGCAUGUUUGCACCACAGUAAAGGUAAUGUGUGUUUACUACAUGUGAGGCUACAAAAAUUGUUGCAAGCACAUGAAAGUGCCAUGUUCAAUGGGCCAUAAUGAAGUCCUCAUCUGAAUCCUAUUAACUUAACAAAUCUUACUGUUUUCUGCAAUAAAAGGUGGUACCAUGCAUAUU